GACCGAAUAAGUUUGAAUAACUUCAGGCACUAUUAAAGUUGUUUUAUAUCCAAUAACAUGAGCAAGGCUGAUCUCUAGGCGUUUGAACAUGCAGUACUUGCCACAGUCUGGCCGCCGAAUAGAAUUCCACUGCCAUCGCCUCCCUCAUCAUGAAUGAACCAAACGUUGCUCCUUUGGCACUCAAUUCCUGCAUUUCCUGCAAGCAAGGAAAGCGAAAAUGCAACAGAGCGAGACCUAUCUGCUCCACCUGUUCAAGGCAAGUUCCUCCCCACAUUUGCAGAUACCCCGUAUCUCACAUCAAGUAAAUCAGAGUAGGAAGACCAUGUAGAUACGAAGAAGACUCCACGUCUUUGAGUGGCCAAAGUCCGCAAAUCGUGGGAUGGCCAGUAGCCAGAAAUGCGACUGCAUCACUUGGCUCUUCAACCAUCUUUUCACACCAUCUGAAUGUCGACCCAUUCUUGCAUGAAUCUCUUCGUGCUCAGACUGUGAACAUCGGCAUCUGUCAAGAAGCAAGGAAGAUCCUCGGGACAGAAGAAGAAUUCCACCUUCUGAUCGAGAAUUAUCUUGAGACUAUGUGGCAAAGUUUCCCCAUCAUUUGUCGCGUGCAAUUCAAACGACAACUACCCAAUAUAUACGUAGACCCAAAAGGCCGACUUCAUCGUUCUUUGUUUGGCGAUUAAUUUGAUUAUGCAAGUUCCUGAUCUAGGGGCUAGUUCGAGUAUGCAGUCGUCACUAUAUGUCAAUAUGAAGACUAGCAUUGCUCUGCUGGAGGCGAGUGGAUUUCUGAGUAUUUGGUUUUUGCAUGCGACAUUGUUGCUUUGCUUUUACGAGGUCGGGCAUGCGAUGGAUGUUUCGACCAGCAUCUCUAUUGCUGGGUGUGGGAAGAUUGUGCAAGCGCUGGGUCUAAACAAGAAAGACUUUCAGGAAUUGACCUAUGCGGAUGAUGAGAAAUUGAUGAAAAUUGAGCAAGAAAAGAGGGUUAGAUGGGCUACCAUACUUCUAGAUCGGUGAGACUUUCGAUAUUUACAACACGUUUGAGCACUUGUAUGAUAUUAUAGUCUUACUGACAUUAAACCUCUAGAUUUAUUAGCCUCCGUGACGGUUGCGCAAAUUUCACGACCGAAGAGCCCCAUUCAAGUGAUCAUCUCCCCGUCGACGAAACAUUUAUACCUCUUGUUGGUCUCCUUAACCCCCCUUUUCAAAUUUGUUACCAACAAGUCUCAGGCGGUAGCAGCAAACGAGCCUCUAACUCUCGCCACUCCCUCCGACCAAAGAGCCGGACCCUUCGCAAGAGAAUGUCAGAUCUCUUAUCUAGCCGGUCGAGUCUUACGCCAUGCCUGGGAGCCAAUUCAAGACGACAAAUUUCACUUCGAAGAAGCUUUACAGCUGGAAAUAACACUACUAACAUUCAUGCCGCUCCUUAUAGAAGAAGGUCAAAAAAAGAUUUUCUUCUGCGCCGCCUUAGGAAUAUGCACCAGGUUCAUCCCUCAUUCGUUUCCCCCUUCUAUUCCGCCACCACAUCACCAAAAUUAUAAGAAGUUAAGAACUAACCCUACCAGCUCCCUCUUCACACUCUACAACUCCUCUCUAACCUCCACACCCCCACUCCCACCUGAAACCCGCAAGCACCUCGUAAACUCCAUGGAAACUUGCACCAGUCGCAUCUUCGGCUUCUCCAGCGUCCUGUUCGCCGAACCAGAGAAAGUGGAUUCCUCCAUCAUGUCUCCCUUCACGGCGUAUUCGCAGUACCAGGCUGCACUGGUGAUGUUGAGGUUUUGGAAGGAGACAAGGGAGGUGAUCUACAGGGAGAGAAUGGAGGUUUUGAGGAUGGUUCUGGGGAUCUUUGGGAGGAGGUGGGUCGGUGCUGGUUAGUAGAAGGGUUGCUAAAGAGGAAGCUCGCUAAUGGAGAGAUAGGGAGGUAUCAGAGGAUGCUUGACGAGAGGAUUGCCGGAUGGGGCGAGGAUGAUGUUCAUCGUCCGAGUUUCUUCUAG